AUGAAUAAGUAGUUCUAAAGUCUUUCUCCUUAAUCCUAGAGGCUUUCACAACAUACAAGCUCCUUAUCUCCAAAUCAAGAAAAGCAUCAAAGAAUGUUUUCAGAAACCUCUGACUAGCAAGCAAUCAACAACUAAUUCUAUCAUUCGCAUCAAACUUCUAAGCAGAUAAUCUUAUCACAAAAAGACUAAACCUUUGGCAAUAAUUCACCUAUCUCAGAACAUGAAUAGAGUGAGUAUGGCAAGAGAGCUAGUCCAGAAAUUGCUAAUAAUUAUAACAAUAAUUAGCAAUAUUCUUCAUAUCACAGAUCACAGCAAUCCUACAAUAGUCUUUAGCAUAAAUAAGUGACUUCUCCUCGUUAAAUGGAUAAAAUUGAUAUAUUACUGAGAGAAAUAGAUAUGAAACUAGGGGAGAGAGAGCCAAAAAAAUUAUUGACUCCAGGAAUUGCAGUGACUAAUGAUUAGAAUUUGAUAGAGCAGGAUUUCGUAUUUGAUAACACUUCUCCUUUGAAAUCUCAAUAAGAUGAUAGCUUGAAUUAUAUGGUGAAGAGCAAUCUGAGAGAUUUCUAUGAUUAGACAGUCUAGUUUAGAGAGGAAUUAAGAGAACUCAAGUAUAAAAUUGUGGAAUUGAAUAAAAAUGCUGAUCAGUAUGGUGUCAAGUUUCAUGAUUUCUAAAGAGGACUAAACGACUAUAGUACUUAAAAUCAGUAGAUCCAAGAGAAGCUAGUAAAUGAUUACAAUGUUUAUAUUAAUGUUUAGAAACAACUUAAAGAGUUCAAUCCUUAAAAAUUUAACUAGCAGAGAGGAACUGCAGAAGCACUUUGA